AUGCCCAUGAUGAAAGAUUCGUCCCGAAUGUCUUCUGCAGAAUCUCCUCCUGACCGGUCACCUUCCAGUCGAGCAAUCAUUGUGCAUCCACUUUUCAAGAAGCGACAUCCAAUCUAUCAGUUCUUUGGCUCUGGGACAAUGUUUGAAAAGUUCCACUACGUUCCCAUUCCUGGUUUUCCAGUCCCUUUUGUGGUACAGCAAAAUUUUGAAUCGAGUAAAGAACACCUUGGAUCGGUCCUUUGGCACGCAGGAACUUCUGCUGCGCGUUAUAUUGCCUCCUAUCUGAACAACCUUGACAAACAUGAAGCAGAAGAAGAAGAAUCAAAACAGCAAACACAAGAGACAAACGAAUGGAAACGACCACGACAACAACGUGUUCUAGAGCUUGGAUGCGGAACUGCUGCUUUAGCUAGCCAAUGCGCUGCAUUAUGUGGAGCCCAAACCUUCAUGACGGAUCUUCCUGAAGUAUUGGAAUGGGCCAAACAGAACGCCAAGACCAAUCUUGCCAAUCAGUUGGCAUGGAAACAACGUCAAGAUGGUCAAGCGACAAGCCAACCACCCCCUCUCGACACUUCUAGUCUAUCACCUCGAAAUAUUGGUCCCAACUUGUCAGCAAUGGUACUACGAUGGGGCGAGACUUCGGAUCUGGUGGAAAUUCAGCGAGCCUUGCAAGAGGAGGAGGGCGACAACAACAACAACAACAACAACAAUGGUGGCAACCCCUCUUCUUAUUUUGAUAUAGUGGUAGCUGCUGAAUGUCUUUAUGCGACCAGUGACAAUCCCGAUUUACAGUCUAAACUGUUGGAAACCCUAAAGGGUCUCCUUUCCAAUGGUCGCACUAAAGUUUUCUUCUCGUACCAGCUCCGAACCGGAGACGAGAAAUUGUUUGUGGAGCAAGUCCUGCCAUCAGUUUUCCCCAAUUACAUGGUGGAAGAAGUAAAUCAUCGAAAUGAUGAUUCUGUCAUGGACACUAAUGUAUAUUCCAUGCUGUGGUUUCGUCCAAAGGAUUUGGAUGAAAACUAG